UUUCGUGUGGAAAAAGAAAGAGAAAAAAAAAGGGAAUUUGAAAAGCUUUUUCGGGCUUUUGCAACCAACAUUUUCCUUGUCUUUUGGGCCGAAACCGGCACGCGCAACACGCAGAGGUCAAACCUGGUUUACAAGAGGCAAACGGUGCAAACCGAGACCCCGUCGCUGUCAGGAGAAGAAAACACGACCGGGCAGACGACAGACGACAGUAGUCAACUAGCAAGACACGGCGGCCAAGAUAGAGCAGUGCGCUAUAACGACGACAUUCGCGCCGCACGCAAGCCCGCCGCCAUCACGCCCCUCCUUCCUAAAGACAAGCGCACACCUUUGCGACCGAUCCUCCACCGUUAGAAGCGGGGUUCUGGUCUCUGGUCUCUGGUCUCUGGGCCGGCGUAGCCCUCCGCGCAACCCGUUCUGCGAGCCUGCAUCGAGUCUCUUGAGCCGAGUCGAGCGAGCCUCUGAGCUGCCCAUUUGUCGCCAUCCAACCCAUCUAUCCAAUCGUUCAUCUUCCAGCAGCCUCGUCGCAUCCUCUGAUCCACCACCAUCGCCGUGUACUGCUGGCUGCUUGUCGUCGUUGAAUUUCGUCGUCGAGGUGCCACCACAUACUGACACUGCUUGUUGGCCUGCCGAGGCAGAAGAUAUAGAAGAGAUUGAGAUCACGCGGCCCGUCGCCGUCUGCUGCUCACCAAGUCCUCUUUCACUUUGCUUCUCGCCAUCUCGACUCGUAUCGUCAGAGUGACAGCCACCGUCAUCAUCAUCACCACCACCACCACCUCUUCUCACAACUCUGGCUUGGUCUUGACGGAUCGGGACGGCUAACCAGGCUUUUGUUACACUGCAUCUGCGCCAAAACGUGGAGAAAAUACUUGGCCCAGCCGCACGGAAGAAACGACGCAGAGUAGGGAGAAGAAGUAGAAGAAGAAGAAAGAGAGACGAACAGGUCCCGUCCCGUCGAGAUACGUGGACGUCGUGGAAGCAGAGCAUCCCGCCCUUUUUAACAGGAAUACCGACCCGGUCAAGCUUGGCCGGCAGCAUUCCCCACCCCCCCCCCCCCUCCUGGUGCCUUCCUGAUUCUCCUUUCGCUCACUCAGUCUCACACCCCACUCCCCCUCCCCGAAUUCCCUCCUCUCUUCUCUCCCCCCACCCACCGUCCCUCACACAUACACAACAUCCCUAACUCACCCCUCUCCGCUCUCCACUGCACGCCCACCUCCCACGCCGGCGGCCCUGUUCGGUGGUGUCUGGCAAGUCUGGGUCUAGGCGGAUGGCUGGAGUGCGGCCCCCCUCGAGCUGGCAGUUUAUUAUCAUUACAUAAAAGACCGCCGCUCUCUUCCAUUUCCUUACACACUGCAACCUCUCAUCGCUGCGUCCCUUAUCUCUGGGCUUGCAAAAAACAGCUGUCAAAGAUUCAACUGAAGCUCGAUCGCGCCCGCUUGGAUGCCUUUCCCCCCAGUCACAGUCGUCUCAGCAGCGCAUCGCUCUGUACCUUAUCUUGCGCCUGCUUAGUAUUCUCCCACCUUUUCUAGGUGCCCGUCUACCACUCUGUCGGUUUCGCCCCAAUUCCUGUGCGGGCGCUCGUGGGCGCCACUGGCCAUCUUCUCCCCGGAUAUCCCUUUUUCGGGCAAUUCUUGACGACCCCGUCCCUGCUUGUCAUCUGCUUUGCGCCCGCAACCACGCGCAAACACCCAUACAACGAACACUUCCAGAACAUCGUAGGGCUGGCUGGUGUGGAACACCCGACGUCACAACCGCCCUCCUAUCUACACUUCCUACCGUGCCGGCUUCCUCCCGCCGACCGGCAACCUGCCUCAGCACCCCCCUCCCCUGACGAGAUAAGGCAUGGCAGAUAAGAUGUCCAUCGACAACAAAGAUCCCGUCAAGGAGGACACUCCCGAGACCACGGGCUCCAGUCCCGAGGCCGACCACGCCGCCGCCGCCGCCAACGGCACCUCGAGCAAUUCCAAUGGUGGCACCGAGAACCAGCAGCCCAAGCGAAAGGGCGGCCGCAAGCCCAUCUACGCCACCUCUGAGGAGCGUAAGCAGCGCAACCGCCAGGCUCAGGCCGCUUUUCGCGAGCGUCGCACCGAGUACAUCAAGCAGCUAGAGGAGGCCAUCCGCGUGCACGAGUCCAACCUGCACAACCUCCAGGCCGCUCAUAGGACUGCUGCCGAUGAGUGUCUGAUGCUGCGCUACAAGAACUCCCUGCUAGAGCGUAUCCUCUUGGAGAAGGGCAUCGAUGUCCAGGCUGAGCUCCGAGCCAAAACUGGCAGUCCAAACUUGGGACCGACCCAUGCUCCUCAGAAUAUGGUCCAACCACCACCCAUUCAGCGUGCCAUUUUGAACCGACAUCACCAGUCUCGACGGUCCAACUCGAGCAUUGCCCCGAAGCUCGAGCCCGGCAUCAGCACCCUGCCUCCGCCAAUACAUGCGGCUCACUCGGCCGCGUCGCCCAAGGGCCGACCUACGCCAUCUUCGCACUCCAAUUCCCCAACGAACACGGCCAACGCAUAUGGCAGUCAGGCAGCGCUGUCGCCGGCGGCCUCUGACCAUGGUCCGCUUCGCGCAGGCAUGGCGCCCUCCAUGAAGUCCCAGCUCAGCCCUAUGGGCCCCAUGAACCCAGCCGCCCGAGCUCACAUGAUGUCCGGUGGUCCUCCUAGGGUCGGCAACAACGGUUCAUAUUAUCCGACACCGGGCUUCCAGAACCACAUUGAGCAGCUAGAACAAGAAUAUGACGCUCCUGCAGAUAUGAUUGAGGAUUCCGAGAUCGACACCCCGAGUGGUCCCGGUCCAUAUCCCAACGGCUUUCCAGGCGACACGCAGCAACAGAUGAUGGCUUCUCCAAAUUCUGUCGGCCCGGGUCAGCAACACAUGACCUCUCAGGGCGAGUCUGCGCAGACCCCUCACACGACCCAGGGUGCAUACCCUUCCAUGACACAGCUCUUGGAUACUGGCAUUGAUUGGGAUCCUUUUGGACUGAGCGCCAGCAUGGCCUUCCCGUCACAAUUCUCCUUCGACACGAGCAACAUGCGAUAACACUACGCCCCAUGCCAGUCGCCAAAACGAUCAUUUGGGCAACGAACCAGCGAGGUCCGAAACCGGAUUCACUGGGCGAUUAAAAGUGAAGGAGAGGUGCUUCACACAUUGCUUCAUCACGGCUUAUGCGGCCACUGUUUUAUCUCGGAGGGGGAAAAAAGGAAAAGAAAGAUGCGAAGAAGAAAAAAAGUAAUCAUGUGCAAUGGGAGGUUGCGGCGAGCGAAAAACUCGAUACCCGGAACGACACGACAUCAGCAUUCGGACGGCGAGAUUGUUCAUUCGGGGCGAAGCAUAUAAGCAGCGUCCUUAAUCACAACAAAGCGAAAUGGGGAGGGGCGGAAACAAAAAAAAACCCCUUUUUGAAAGAUGGCUUCAAUACCCGCGCCGAGCGGUCAUCUACGGGGGAAAUGCGACCACGACAUAAAAAAAAGUACAACAUUUGGUCUCUUUCAACGACAACAGACAUGUCAACUGGGCGGCGGAAAUACCCCACGGGAGGUUGGGCGGCCUGCGGUUCUUGUCUUUUGGUUCUUUUUACUCUACGGACGGGCUACGAGAAAGCCUGCCAUUUUCUGUUGGAUGGCGUUUUUUUUUUUUUUUUGGCUUGCAACAUCACACUCGAU